CGACAGGAGAAGGCUAUAAUCGCCAUGGAGUCUACUUCAGUGUACAUGUGUUUCCCCUGUUAUCAGGAGUUUCCCACGCUUGAGGAAGUGCUUGCCCAUCAGAUGACCUGCACUGCAGAGAAUCUCCAUCUCAUAACAAAUGAGACACCUAUUGAGGCGGUGGCUGCAGCUGCUGGGCUACCACAGGUGGCAAUGCAGUCUCAGACUCAGACAUCUGUGGAUUUGUCUUCUCUGCUUGGACAGAAGAAAGCUGAUGCUCCACGCGUUCUGUAUCAGUGCGCUGACUGUGAGGUUCUCUUUGAUACUCUGUCGCUAUGGCAGCAGCACCGCAAGAUGGGCUGCUGCCUUGAGACAGGGCCAGGACCUGGAGGAGACCAGGGAGAAAGCCAUGAAACAGAUGCUAAAGAAGCUCAAGCACUUUCUAGUCAACCAGAAUUUCAGGAACCUGAGUGGGAACAAGAUGAACACAGACAGAUGGAGGUGAAUAAAGAGAGAGGACAGCCUCAAAUAAAGAUAGAGAACACUUCUCAAGAAUAUCUGGUAAGAGAUGAGGCUUCUGAAAAAAUUGUGUCAUCUGAGAGCUCUCAGCAGGACUUGCAGAGUGACAAAGCCCACAUUGAACCUCCAAAGGCCCCAGGCACUCGGGUAGCUACGUCUGUGGAGCCCUCCACUGUAGAGGACAGCCCUGCUACAAGGCGUAGGGGACAAAAGAAGGUUAAGCUACCUUCCAGCCUGCUCUGUGUUGAGUGCGGACAGAGUUUCAGUGCCGUUCCAGAGCUCGUGACUCACCGCAAGAUUCAGCAUGGCUUGAAGGAUGCCAUACACCGCUGCACAGUAUGCGGAGAGGGCUUCCUCAACACCACACUCUUCCUCUAUCAUCGCAGGCAGCACCGCAGAGAGGUGGAGAGCGAAGCCAAGCUGGCCCCACUUGCAAUCCAACAGUUUUCCACAGCUCUGCUGGAUUCCCAGGGUGAGGGUUUGUUACUUUUAGCCACGGCAGGAGAAGGCCAGAGUCUAAUUGAGGUGACCACUAUGGAACAUACAAUAACCGAGACCCCUGUAGCACAGGUGGAGGUGGAGCUGGACAGUAAUUGUAUGACAGGAGAGGAGGCUAUGCAGAAUGACCAGGUACAUGCAGAAGAGGGCGCUGUGAGCAUGGAGAAUAGUGAGGUCCUGGUGGACAACAUUGUGGAGAUGGUGGAAGAAAGGACUGAAGUAAACGAUGAGGAAAGAUUGGAGAUGGUCCCUGGUAAUAUAGAAGGAGAGCAAAGUGGAGCCAUGCAGACAGAGAAAGAUGUCAUUUCAGAGAAUGAAGAGGUGGAAAGUAAAUCUGCAGAGGAACCUGUUACAGCAUCCUCCUCAGGCACUGAAGGACGGAUUUUUCUCUGCCAACAGUGUGGAUCCUCUUUCCCCAAUGAGCAGGAGUUGAUCAAGCACCGCAGUACAGAGCAUGGCCUGGAGGCACCGAUACAUACCUGCACAGAGUGUGGGGCUGAGUUCAUGAGUACCACACACUUCCUUUACCAUCGCCGUGAACAUCGUCUGAAUGGACCUGUAGGACAAACACCUUCUGCUGAGGAGAAAAGCAGACUCGUUCCUGCUUCAGCUCUCACCUCCAUGGUAAAAUGCAGAGACGACAUGCCCCUCAGAAAACCAGCAGCAACAGCAGAUGCCACUCUCGAGGCCCCUGCCAAGCUGAGUCGGGACUGGUCGCGCACCGCCCUGCCUCACGAGUGCCCGCAUUGUGGGAAGGGCUUUACACGGCGCAGCCUAUUGCGUGAGCAUGUGUUCAAGCACACGGGUGAGAAACUCUUUAACUGCAAAGUUUGCAAGAAGGGCUUCCCCUCUCCAGCCAGCUUGCUGCGUCACCAACUCACCCAUGGAGGUUCCCGCUUAUUCAGCUGCCCCAUCUGUGAAAAGCGCUUCUUCCAGGCUACCUCACUCAAACGCCAUAUGCUGAUCCACCAGACAGGGGAAACUCAGGAACGCUGGGUCAGAGGCAGAGGAAAAGGGAGGACAACAUCCCUAAAUGAUGGACGUGCGCACAUCUGCCCUGAGUGCCCAGCCAGCUUCAACUUUGAGUCCCAGCUGGAGAGUCACAGACUCCUACACACCAGCCAUCCAUUCCCAUGCAAUGUGUGCGGGGAGGCAUUUAUACGUCGCAAGGACCUGGACCUGCACUAUCUCAUCCAUCAAGAUAAAGAACCAAAGACAUGUCCUAACUGUGGCUCUCAGUUCUUGAAUCAGGCAGUCUUGGACACACACCUGCAGCACUGCACCGGGGAGGUGCCAGUGCGCCGCAGAUAUAAAGGUCAGGGACGAGGAAAGGUGGGAGGUCAGCUGGAGUGUGAUAUGUGUGGUCACCGCUGUGUCACUCAGGAUGGUCUCGACCUGCACCGUCUUUCCCACACGGGUCAGACACCCCUGCGGUGCCCACUUGCCCCCUGCAGGCGGCGCUUCGCCUCCAGUUCUGCAUUAGGGGAGCAUCUUGUGGCACACUGCCGUGGAGCUCUGGGCAAGAAAAACGCUCCACGCCGCUUCUCAUGCGAGUUCUGCGGGAAGGAGUUCGCCUACCCGUCCACCUUCACCGUUCACAUGAGAACGCACACCAAUGAUCGACCCUUCGAGUGCUCUCAAUGUGGGAAGCGUUUUCGGCAGCUUCCACACCUGCAGGAUCACGAGCGCAUUCAUAGUGGUGAGCGGCCGUUCACGUGCUGGGUGUGCGGGAAAAGCUUCAGUGUAGCAGCGAGACUAACGGAACAUGCCCAUGUGCACAGUGGCGAGCGUCCGUACAUCUGCACUCGUUGUCCAACUGCCUUCCGUUCCCGAUCCAACCUUGAAAAACACAUGCGUAUCCAUGACAACGACCCCGUAGACUCUGCUGCACAGAGCUUGAUGGAUGAUGAUGCGGCUGUACAGACCAUCCUCCUAGUACAGGAGUCUGCCUUUUCCUCACCAUCCUCUUCCACAUCCGCCAUGCCUGUUGUCCAGGAGGGCAUGCUGGUGGCGGAGGAAGGCGGCACAUCUGUGGUCUUUCUGCACCACAACAUGAGCAUGCCUACUAUCUCUGUGCCGACCAUCUCAGUGCCCUCUGUGACUGUUUCAAACAUCUCUUUAGUGGCAGGCCAAGAUGUGCCUCACACUAUUGAGGUUAUCUUAGAAGAGAAUGUGUAAAAAGACAGAAGCAUAAUCAGAUGAAUGGAACGGGUAGGUGAGGGGGUUAUGAACAUGACAUUUAUUCUAUUAAUUGAUACUCCUUUUGAGAUGGCAGAUUCAGCAAUAUGUAAAAGAUAGCAGGUCAGAACUUUAUAAAAGAGUAUUUGUAUGCAUGUGUGUAUGUGUGUCUGUGAGCUUGUGUGACCUCUUUAUGAGAAGGAUAUAUUUUUGCUUUUGCAGUGUAGAAAAACCUCGACUCAUCAUCUUUAUUUAUUUUUUUACAUUCAAAUUUGCCACUGUAAUUAUUCUUAUUUUAUCUUUGCAUUUUUUUGUGUUUUAUAUGCCUUUAAUAGAUAACAUGCCCCAUGAUUUUUGUGGCUGUUAAAAUAAUAAGCUUGUGGGGUUACUGGUUCAUUUAAAGGGACUUUGACUUUAGAGAACUAGAAUAAAGUGUCUAACUGUGUUCUUAUCGAUAGACUGACAGCUGCAGAUGCUUUCUGAAGAUGAAGCUUUGGACAGUAAGGAAAAGUAAAUUUUGCUGAUCAAGUCAAUUGAGAAGUAAAGGGGUUAUUCUUUUUUGUUUCUUGCACCAAAAACAUAAUUUUAGUGUUUUCCACCCUCUCUUUGACCCAUAGAAUUAAACAGGCCUUUAUUUACCAUUGUGUCUUAAAGACUUGUAUGUAAACAACAACCACUGUUACAACUGGCUAGCCUCUUUGCUUGUGAAAUGAAUAACAAUGAUUUCUUUAGGCAAGUUUGGUCUUUCCCUAAACCAAGACCAACAUUUCCAAUUGUAACUCAUCCUAAAGCUCUUAAGCUACUUCCACCAAAUUUGGCACAGCCCUUGAGACAGUUCUGACUCAGGUUGCUAUAACUUUUCUAACUGAUCUGAUAUACAA